UUGGUCACUUAAAUAAAUGAAUAAAGAGCAUUGUAACCAACUAGAUAUAUUUUAUUUAUUGUUGUUUCUUAUGAUUAAACUCUAGGAAUAUGUUUGGUGAUGAUGCUUCUAUAUUUAUAUUUUAUCUUAAGUUAUUUAUAUUUUAUAGAAAGAGAUUGGUUCUGAAAUCGAAACUCAGUAGUAUUGAUUCAAACAUUAAUAUCAAAUUGUAUGUUUAAUUUAGUUUAGACAAAAUGCAGAAGUGUAACCAAAACAUGGACCUUUGUGACGAGUAUAAUCAUUUUUUGUGCUAAAUCUACACAUAAUAUAAUGAUAAAAUUGGAAAAUGAGAGUCUCAUUUCAAAUUUCGUGGCCUAAGAGUGAUUAUAGAAAGCUCUUUUACGUCAUAGUGUCUAAUUUAUCUUUAUAUUAUGUAUAGAUUUGUGACAAAAAAAUCACUAUAUUUGUGACAAAGAAUCAUGGUAUGUGUUCUCAUAGUUGGAUUUAUCGAUAUCCCGAUACCCUGGUCCGAUACUUCACUGACCAAGGGUCUGAUCAUCGUGCCAUCCUUCUCGCUGAUAAACCUUACACCAGGAACUCUCGCCCUUUGUUCCGAUUUGAUGCGCGGUGGGCGGAGAAUCCGGAGGUCAGGGCGAUGGUCAAAUAUGUCUGGCAGGAAGAAAUUCAUGGGUCACCGAUGUUCCAGCUAAGGGAACGCCUGAAAAAGCUCCGUCAUCUUCUGUAUGAUUGGAGUAGGGAGGGUACUACGAACUCCUUGCGUAAUAUUCAUACGCUCCAGGCUGAAAUUGAGAGGAUAAAGCAGGUCCAUCCUAUUGAUUGGGAUGCGAUUCGCCCGUUGGAGCUGGAACUUACUCGACAAUGGGAGGCAGAGGAAAUAUAUUGGCAACAAAAAUCUAGAGUUCAUUGGCUCAAAAAGGGUGAUAAGAACACUUCUUACUUCCAUACUGUUACUAGAGCUCGGCGAAAAAGAAACUUUGUGGAAGGUCUUCGCAAUGAAAAUGGAGACUGGGUCACGGAGGAGGUUGGUAAGGCAGACAUUGCCUGUGGUUUUUACAAAACCCUUUUUACCUCGGAGACCCAGGUUGGGAAUAUGUGGGAUAGAGUGGCAGAUUUGCCCAUUGCCCAGAGUAUUACACCCGAUAUGAAUGCUAGUCUCACUGCAGAGGUCCUUCCUGCAGAGGUGCGCAAAGUGGUGUACUCAAUGGGAUCGAAACAAGCCCCAGGUUCUGAUGGGUUUACAGGCAAGUUCUUCAAAGCCUUCUGGGAUAUUGUGGGCACCUCGGUGGUUGAAGCAGUCUGCUCGUUCUUUCGGACAAGUAGGAUGCUUCGUAGCUUCAAUCACACCUGGUUGACUCUGAUUCCCAAAGUAGAUAAUGUGGAGACCAUGAAACAGUUUUUUCCUUAAUACGAUUAUUUUAAUUUUUGAGAUUUAAGGGGGUAUUUGAUAAUGCCAAUAUUUUAGUGGUUUUUUAUUUAAAGUUUGUAUUGAAAGAUCGUACGUACCGGCAGUUAGACCAUAAAACUUCACAUCACAGGCUAAAUCGAUAGGUGACAUUUAGGAAUAUGAAACGAUUGAAUCACAGUUAAAUUAUGACUGUAGUAUAAAAUAUUCUUUUUUUUUACGAAACCUGAUUUCAUUACGAAAUAGGAAAAUGAUACAGAGUUGGACCAUGAUCCUUGAAAGAUAAGAAGUCUAACCUAACCGAAAAGGCGAGCCCAAACAAGACACAUAAAAUGAAAAUCCACCCAUAAACACAAAAAAUCAGCAAACGCAUAAGAGAAAGACACCAAAAUCCCACCCCAGCAUCCACGGCAACCCAGCCCAAAAUAACCAAAAAAACCAAACACACCUUCCACCACAACCCAUCCCAUAGACAACCCAUAGCCCAAAGAAACCAACACCAUCAGACCACACCUUGCCGUGGUAGAAACCAACUUUUUUCAUACGAUUUUACAAUUAUUUAGUUCAAACAAUUCUUUUACAGGGGUGGAACAAAAGUUUUAAGGCACAUUUGAAUUAUCUAUUGCAAAAAAAAAAAAAAAGUCAGUUAGCGAUAAUGAGAAUAUGCGAUCUCAUGCAACCCAAAAUACACUUUGCCAUUUCUAUCUUUUUAAAAUAUAUUUAUGCAACUCAUACUCUUGCUCAUUCAUCAAUUUAAUGAGUAACAUAUAUUUUAUGUAAUAUUAUUUUCAUACGUUUUUAUUUAUUGAAUUAUUUCAUGAUUUUUUUUAUGAAUGAAAAGUACUAUAUUGUUGCUAGACAUGUAUGGGAAGUCCGUACACAACACAUUGUCCAACUAACUAUUAGCGACAUCUUAGCAUCAUGUCCUAUAUAUUUCAAAUCAAGCAACUUCAGAUUCAUUACCAACAGUGUGGUAAAAAAGAAUACUCUCUAUCGAGAAAAACUUAAAGGACAUACUAAACUCUAUUAGACAUUUUCUUUCAUCCUAAAGGUUGAUUAUGUAUGUAUUAUGAGAACAACUCUAAUAUUCAACUAUAUGGUUUAGAUAAGUAACGAAUGACAAUUAGUUAUAUUUUUUUCCAUUCAAUAAUUAUAUGUAAUGAAUAGAUAGAAAACAAUCAUUUCAUGCAUUUCCAAUCAUCUAUUAUAUAUCAUAUAUCUCACAAAAUUCUUCUGGGCAAUGGACCCAGCCCGAUGCUAGUAUCUAAAAUAGGAAAGAUGAGAAAGGGCCCUCUAGACUGAAUGUGCGCUGGAGGACACACUGGAGGCCUCUUAGAACAAGAAGACCAGUUCUAGCACUCUCGAAAGUCCACCCAAAAGCCCAAUCGAAUAGCCCAAUUCCUGGCUGGUUGCCUCUGACGGGGAACGGGGAAGUGAGGAAAGAAGACUGUCAGCCGACCCUGCCUGGUUAGACAGCGAGCGCUGUCGUCUCAUCGUUUUCACUCUUUCGCCAUUUUUGACCCCGAUCGAUCUCUAAAUUAAACUGUUGCAGAGGCCGGAGCCCCCCGUCCGUCGGCUGGAAAUUCGUCUCCGGUAAAUCUUCGAUCAAGCUCCUCCAACCUUCGCCUUGCUGCCUUCCGUACCAAAGAAGCGAAGAGGAGAGAGGGAGCAACGGAGGAGCGAUGUUGCCUACCUCGUCCAAAGCCAGGGCUUCGUCCUCCGCAUCUAGAGCUCAAUCCAUGUUCCCGCAGUACCUUCGUCGAAUUAUCAAGGUUUUUCUCCCUUCUCUCUGUCUGGAAAGUUCGUCUCGUUCAAGAUCUGAU